AUGCCUGAAAUUAUCGAAACGGAUACUUCAUUUGAUGAUAUUGAUACCAACCGAGAUGGAAAAAUCGAUAAAAAUGAAUUUCAAAAUUGGAUUGCAAAUAAUGCAGAAAAAUCUUCAUCGACAUAUGAAACAUUGACGAGUGGUGUGUAUCUUCACAAUAGUGAUGAUCGUCGAUCCGAUCAUCGUAAAUAUGAAGUAUCGGAAAGUACUAUUUAUAGUACUGAUUAUGAUAUUAAACGAUUGGGACGUAAUCGAUAUACUACACGUGAAACUAUAGCAGUAGCAAGUGGUUUAACGAACGAAUCAACGAUUGAAACACAUAGUUUGGAAGAAACAAACAGUUAUCUUGAAAGAGCAGUUGACGUCUAUAAGGAUCCUAAUCCAUUAGUUAUUCGAAAAACAUUAGUCGAUCGACCGGUGACAUAUGAACAACGAGUUCUUGUUCGAUAUCUUCGUCCACCAAGUGUUCGACCACCAGGAGGACAUGAAAUUGAUUUUAAAGAAUUAAUGAAAGGUUAUGGAUCAACUGUUGAUGCUCCAACAGAAGAAUUUUAUGAGAAAAUUCAUCAAGUUUAUCCGAAAGCAAAACGUGCUUUUUUUAUUCACCUUUGCUUUUUCCUUUUUCUUUUUAACAUAAAACAUAACUGUGAUCAAUGA